UUCAUAUCUCGGUAAUAUUGCAAAUAAAGACAGCUCCAAUAACAGUUCCAGAAAAUGGAAACAAAGUACUGGACAAACUGAUUUGUAAACCUGAAGGUCGUGAAACAGCAGGAGGCCUCUAAAGCCGAGCACGAAUAUGAAUGAGCACAACCCGAACGAGCUGAUCCUCUGUUCGGGAUCAGAAUUGAUAUCGGUACGAGCACGAAUGAACAUCCUGUUCGCAACCGCUCCAGUUGUUCGGAUCUACCCGUUUUAAAAUGGCAGACAUGCAACUAGUCAGUGCGAGUUUCAUAGUUUUAUAUAAUUUAUUAAAGAAAAGCAAGAAGAAAAAGAGGCGCAGUUGGAUAUCGCCAUUGUUUGUAAUGAGGAGCAGAGAACCAGAUGUCAAUAGCAGUUUUUUAUUGCAAGAUUUACUGUCGGAAGAAUACCAAUGCCGAUUUAAAAAUUUUACAAGAAUGUCUAUGGAAGACUUCAAUUUUAUUUUAAACCACAUAAGAGAGAGAAUAUCCAAAAGUGACACCAAAUUUAGAAAAGCAAUACCAUGCGAUGAAAGACUUGCAGUGACUCUUCGCUUCCUUGCUACUGGAGAUUCCUAUGUGAGUCUCCAGUAUUUAUUUAAGAUUUCAAAACAAGCAAUAUCCCGUAUAAUUCCAGAGGUGUGUGAAGCCAUUAUACACUGUCUUGGGGAUUUUGUUCAGGUACCGUCGUCUACAGAGGAAUGGAAAGAAAUAUCAAAACGAUUUGAAGAAGUUUGGAACUUCCCACAUUGUGUAGGGCCAAUUGAUGGAAAACAUGUACUUUUGCAAGCCCCGAUGAAAAGUGGAAGUGAUUUUUUUAAUUACAAAUCGCAAUUCAGCAUCGUUUUGAUGGCUGUGGUGGACGCGGACUACAAUUUCACAUUUGUGGACAUAGGUUGCCAAGGGCGAAUUUCUGAUGGCGGUGUGUUUAAACGAUGUGAUCUUUAUAAAAAAAUUGCCAAUGGAACUUUAAAUUUUCCUCAAAAUUCACCAUUACCUGGUCGCACAAAACAGACACCGUAUGUAUUGAUAGGAGACGCAGCUUUUCCUCUAUGUGAUUAUUUAAUAAAACCUUAUUCUGGGAAUCACGAAAGAGGAUCUAUGAAGCGAAUUUUUAACUACCGUUUGAGCAGAGCUCGCCGCGUCGUUGAGAACAUGUAUGUUGAGUACAUUUCGACAGAUAAAUCUACCACCUUUGCAAAAUUUACUGAGAAGCUCUGAUUGGGCUGCUCAGGCAUU